GUCAAAGUAUGUGCAGUAGAAGAAGCAGCAGCAGCCAAUAGGAGCACACCUUUCAUGUAGCGCAAAUUUUGUUGUUGACAACAACGCUGCUAAUCGUGAUUUGGUUUACUAUCUAGCUAGCUGGAAUAUAUAAAAGAACAUUUAUGAUGACCAGCAGCAAAACUAAUAUCGGUUUGAUGAUCAUGUACAAGGAUGAGUCUGUGGAUGUCCGUUACGUAGAUGAUUCCCGUUUGCACUUGUCGCCCUGUGGCUCGGAGUUCAUGUUGGAGAAAGCCCCUACACGAUCUGCACAUCCUCUUCAGUCUAAUGAGAAGGUUCGACAGAGGACCAGGUUCGCCACCAGCAGCUACAAGGACCUGAUGCUUGGUGCUUUGGAGUUCAGGAACGAGUAUGCAACACGACCUUACCUGCCUGAAGAACUCAUCUCGGACGACCACAGAAAGCAGGUCUUCAGCAUUGACCCUGAGGUGGAGUGGCCUGCAUGUUAUUCCUGUACUGCCGAGGUGGGAUUGAACCGAGAGACCGUCGUCAGUUCAGUGGAGCGGAGUGCCAGUCUGCUGCUUUCUUCCUCUGGAGAGGAGUUCUUUGUUAACUUCACCUGCAGACUUAGUCACAACCAACUCCACAGGCCUCGGAGCCGAGACCCAAAUAGGUCUGUCACUGAACACAUACAGCAAGACAACCAAACCUGUAGGCCAAAGACUCCAUCUCAACAGAGUGGUGCCUGUGCUGAGCAACAGCAAGGAGAGGUAUACCUGUCCACCAGAGUGGUACAGCACCACUCUGUCUCCUGUGUUCCUCUGGUGUGGCGUUACCCUCUGUCUCUGGCCCUUCACCUCUGGCGCGCCCAGUCCCAGCCCUCUGGAGAAAGGAACAGGGGGGAGACAGAAGAAGAGACAGCCAGGGGGAGAGACCAGACUGAGAGAGCAGUGACAAUGACAAGCACAUCUAGAGGAGAGAGGAGGUCUCACCUGCCCCAAGCCCUGCCUCUCAGAUGCCCUUCCCCUCAUCAGCACAGGUGGAAGUCCAUGUACUCUCUGGUCCAAGAUGAACAGGAGGCAGACCAAGACCUCCCUACAGAGUUGGUUAAAGUGGUGUGGUGCCAAGGGGUGCUGUACAGGAUAGUGGAUGGAGCCAUCCCAGUUGUGGAGGUUUCACCAGGGGAUGGUUCAGUCAUCAGGUCUAAUGGAGUGCUGGCCAGCUACUUCACCCACCACAGAGCUGGCCCUGGCCCUGGGGAGGUAAAGGAUGUGACGUACCACCUAAGCAACCUCCCCCCUGACACACCUGGGCAGGUCUACUCUGUGUGCUCUAUGGUGACUCGAGCCAGCAGGAUCCUGAACUGCUACAACCAAAUUAGACACUCUCUAAAGCUCCCUGCUACACAGAGCUGCUACAACCAGGUUAGACCCCUUCUAAAGCUCCCUGCUACACAGAGCUGCUACAACCAGGUUAGACCCCUUCUAAAGCUCCCUGCUACACAGAGCUGCUACAACCAGGAGACCAGUUCAGAGUCCUUUAUACAGGAAGUACACAUUUCUCAGUCUGGUUACAUUAAUACCACAGAAACAAGACAAAGCAGGCCUAACUGUGUUGCUGAAGAGCUGGAGAAGAUCAAACGCUUCAACUUUCUGUUGGAUAACAGUCAUCUUCCUAAAGCCCAGAGGGGUUCUACAGUGGUGGGCUGUGGUUCUAAAGAGCACGUGGCCCACUGUGAGCCGGUCAAUGAGAGCAUUGCGGAGGCCCUCCAGAGAACCUCCAAAACCAUCCAGGAUAUCGACAACCUCCUACUUUCUAGAGACGCCAUCAUGCAGGGCAGCGGAUCAUACAGUCCUGUGUGAUGUCGGGUUUGCUGUCAGAAAAUACUUAUUGCAAAUGAGGAACAUGUGAAGCAGAAUUAUUCAUUGGUUUCAGUAUCACUAAGUAAGCAUUGUCUAGUGGCAGUUUCAUUGCUUUUACUUACAGUUGAAGUACAGACUGCAGGAAAAAGAAAAAUAGUUUUCCAUGAUUGUGAGGCUCAGAUAUAGGUAAUGGUGUCUAACACUGUCCUCCAGCUCAGCAACAGCCUCAACCCAUGUGUGGUUAGACAUAUUGGUUAGACCAGACUGAAAGAUGAUGGUUGUGGUGUGUUGAAGCCAGGCAACAGUUUGUUGAAAAUACUUAUUGUCCAUCUUAUUGCAAUUCCUGUACUGUCUUCAUCUGAUAUCAUGAGGCGUAUUGUACAAUGACAAUCACAAGUAAUAAUGAUAAGUCAUCUGUCGUGUCCAUUUCACCUUGUCAGUGCUUUUCGAAGUGCACAGUUUAAUAAGUGCCAUGAUUCCCCAUUUUGAAUCACUCAUCAGUUCAUGGUGGUCUCACUUCAGUAGGACUGGAAAGAAUAACUCUGAAGGAAGUGGCUGGAAAUGACUAAUGUUUUGUGUUGUGCUAUACAGGAUGUGUGUCAUUUAUACUCUACAAGGUGUUGAAAGUGUUCCACAGGGAUUCUGGUACAUGUUGACUCCAAUCCACAGUUAAGUUGGCUGGAUGUCUUUUGGGUGGUGGACAUUCUUGAAAACCCCAGCAGCGUUGCAGUUCUUGACACAAACGGUGCACCUACUACCAUACCCUAUUUAAAGGGACUUAAAUAUUUUGUCUUGUCCAUUCACCCUCUGAAUGGCACACACACACAGUCCAUGUCUCAAUUGUCUCAAGGAAUAAAAAUCCUUCUUUAACCCUCCCCUUCAUCUACACUGAUUGAAGUGGGUUUAACAAGUGUCAUCAAUAAGGGAUCAUAGCUUUCAUCUGGUUCACCUGGCCAGUCUAUGUCAUGGAAGGAUGUUUUGUAUUCUUAGUGUAUGUUCAUGAAUAAAGCCAAACUGUUCAGAAUGUCUUACAGUAGAA